AUGGUGAACGUAGCAACAUUGGGCACGGCCAAUCAGUCGACGUUAGCCUACAACUGGUAUGCCACAAACGCUCUGGAUGGGUUGAACUCCACCUGUACUCAUACAGAGUUACAGAGUGACCCGUGGUGGAGUCUGGACCUGAUGAAGACCUACAGCGUGAACAGAGUGACCCUCACUAACAGACCGCUCUGCUGUGGAGACAGGUUAAACGGGGCAGAGAUUCGGAUCGGAAACAAUUCUUUAGAUCUUUUCAGCAACCCAGUAUGUGCUACAGUUUCUUCUAUUCCAGACGGAGCUACUUCCAGCUACUCGUGUGAUGGGAUGGAGGGACGCUAUGUUACUGUGAAUAUUCCUGGAGAUUCAAAGAUUCUUACUCUCUGUGAAGUGGGAGUUUAUGCGAUUUUUCCAGAUUAUUUGACGGGAAGAAAUGUCACACAGUCAUCCACGUAUGGCCUCUGGUACGCUAAACAAGCCAUUGACUUUAAUCCUGGUUUCAGAAAGUCGUGGUCAUCAUGUUCCUCAACCGAUAUUCAGACUGACCCAUGGUGGAGGCUUGAUCUGGGCUCUGCGCACAGAGUUAAUAGAGUCGUCGUCACAAACAGACUAGACUGCUGUCCAGAACGAAUAAACGGAACUGAGAUUCACAUCGGAAACUCUUUGGAGAACAACGGCAACAACAAUCCCAUAUGUGCUGUGAUUUCUAGUAUUCCAGCUGGCGCUUCCUCCACCUUCACAUGUAACCGUAUGGAGGGUCAAUACGUCAAUCUGUUCAUUCCUGGAGAUUCAAAGAUUCUUACUCUUUGUGAGGUGGAGGUCUAUGGAGGUCUUUCUUAUAAGAAGACCUUUGUGAAGAUGAAACUGAAGUCCAGUUCUAGUCUGUCUGACCCUGAGAUGAGAGUCCAGCUCCUGUCCCAGCUUCGGUCUGCUCUGGCGAAACAAGGGGUUUCUGGCGUGACGCUGCAGUGGACUCAACCGCCAGCCGCUGAGCGAGAGGUGAUGUGGAAAGAAGAUGCAUCAGCUCAGUGUGCCGGAGGAGAGGAAUGUUGUCCGAAUCAUCUUUGA